CCACCGAAGAAGACGGAAAAGUGCUUAGUGAUUUCAACGCAUACCUCGGAGCUCCGGUAUCAAAUGUAACAUAACUAUUUAAACAUUUAGAAUAGGUUUUACUUGACUUGGGAAGUUGUGAAUUCCACACGAGACUGUUUUUUUUUUGUCGAGGGAGAGUGACAGCUACACAGAUUUGUUUGAUAAAUAUCUGCUCUUCAAAUCUAUUUCUGUAAUUGUUUCUCAGCCUGAACGGCAGCCCGGAGUUUCAGGAUAAGACGGUGAACGCGCUGUGUUGAUUUCGGACAACAAGUUUCUGAUCAAAACAGUCAUGGAGAUGUUACUGUGGGUGUUAGGGGUGUUGCUGCUGCUGUUCUCCAGUCUGGAUGUGUGGUACUUCGUGCGUGCGGCGGUCACGGUGGUCAGGGCCUGGUUCCAGAAGCCGGUGUGGGACGUCCUGGGGGAACAGAGUGUGUCGGGGCGCGUCCUGCUUCACGAUAUCGACCUGGGACACAUGAACAAUGCCAGAUACCUCCGGGAGUGUGACUUCGCCAGGUUAGAUGGGUCCCAGGAAGCUGAGUUCUCUGUUAGUUUUAACGUAUUCCUUUACCCCAGUAGCUCCUAACCCCUAGAGGAUUCCUUUACCUCAGUAGCUCCUAACCCCUAGAGGAUUCCUUUACCCCAGUAGCUCCUAACCCCUAGAGGAUUCCUUUACCUCAGUAGCUCCUAACCCCUAGAGGAUUCCUUUACCUCAGUAGCUCCUAACCCCUAGAGGAUUCCUUUACCCCAGUAGCUCCUAACCCCUAGAGCACAUAUGUCAGAGUCAAGGCCCGCGGGCCACAUCCGGCCCGCGAGAAGGUUUUUUACGGCCCCUGGGAUGAUCUU